AUGCUCAGUGCUCUCUCCUCCCCCGGUGUGAUAGCAGCAAAGAUGGCGGCGGUCAGACUGGGAUCCUCUGCGCUGUCUCUACUCCUGCUGAGUCUCCUCUCUACGCUGGUGUCUUCUCUGUACUUCCACAUCGGGGAAACGGAGAAGAAAUGUUUCAUAGAAGAGAUCCCAGAUGAGACCAUGAUCAUCGGUAACUACCGCACCCAGCUGUACGACAAACAGAAGGAGGAGUACCUGCCUGCCACUCAGGGCCUGGGGAUGUUUGUGGAGGUGAAGGACCCUGACGAUAAGGUGAUCCUGUCGCGGCAGUACGGCUCGGAGGGACGCUUCACCUUCACGUCCCACACCCCCGGAGAGCACCAGAUCUGCCUGCACUCCAACUCCUCCAAGUUCGCCCUGUUCGCUGGAGGCAUGCUGAGAGUUCAUUUGGACAUCCAGGUGGGAGAACACGCCAACAACUACGCCGAGAUAGCAGCUAAAGACAAACUGUCGGAGCUGCAGCUGCGGGUCAGGCAGCUCAUGGAGCAGGUGGACCAGGUCCAGAAGGAGCAGAACUACCAGCGGUACCGCGAGGAGCGCUUCCGUCAGACCAGCGAGAGCACGAACCAGCGAGUCCUGUGGUGGUCCAUCGUCCAGACGCUCAUCCUGGUGGCCAUCGGUAUCUGGCAGAUGCGCCACCUCAAGUCCUUCUUCGAGGCCAAGAAACUGGUGUGA